AUGUCACUCUACUAUCAAGAUAUCCUCCAUACAUACGAAAUUCCCAAUCAUUUCUCUUUGAAAUUUUUUGUGGCAUCUUUUUCUUUCAUUCUUCUUCUUCUUCAAUUUUGCUGCUUCUCAAUUUUAUUAGUUAUGGUUUUUCCGUUUUAUAUGAAAGUGUACAGGGAGAAUCGCAAAAAAGAGCAAUCGAUUUAUUACAUCUUCUUAAACAUUUUAAUCUAUGCAUCUGCAAUUUUACACAUCCCAAUUGUUUUAAAAAUUAGAAACAAUUCUCAUUUACCCUCAGUAAUUAAGAAUCAGCCUCAAAACUAUGUUCUGUAUCAGACAAUUUUUAUGCCCUGCUUCAAAACACCUCAAAUCUACGCAGUCUCAUUUGUUUACUGGUAUCAUAUGUCGCUUGACUUUUACAUUUUGCUCUGCCUAAUUUUUGAUGUCUUAUCUACUCCGUUAUUGAUUCAAAUUUCAUAUUUAUGCUGUAAUCGAAGAAAUGUGAAAUCUUUGAGAGCAAAUCUCAGUUUUGGAGUAAAAAUUAAAUCGAUUUUUACAACUGAUAAUUCGAAAAUUGGACCUAUGACCGUUUCAAACUAG